AUGCAACCUUUUAGUCUUCCCCUCCUAUUCGCUGCAUGCCUCGGACUCAUAGUCCAGCCUUUGCUCCCCAAAAACGCUAUCUCGCAAGACGCGUACGAUGAUCUCGUUUUUUAUCUUCAAUAUGCCUUCUCGGGGUCCGCAGACCACUGCCCCUCUUCAAACGGGAACACGCUCGUCUGCGAGUUCGUCAACAACGUCACCGAUACUCGAGGUUUCAUCGCUCGCGACGACGCUCGGAAAGAGAUCAUAUUGUCACAUGGAAGUAACGGCCUAAAGGGCGUCAUUACGGACUUGCUCUUUUGUUUGACAGAUUUCGUGGUAGAGGGUACUGAUCCUCCAAACGGUACACUUGUACAUCACGGGUUUUUGACUGCGUGGAAUGGCGUGGUGGAUGAAGUUUCGUCGGUCUUUCGUUCCCAGCUCGCCACCCAUCCCGGAUACAGCAUCGUUACCACUGGAGCUUCUAUCGGCGGUGCUCUAGCCUCCUUAGCUGGCAUUACCCUCCAGCAGAACUUUCCGUCGACGACGGUGCGGGUGUACACUUACGGGCAGCCACGGACAGGCAACGACGUCUAUGCGUUAUGGGUGAAUGAGCUAUUGGGUAGCAACGUCUACCGAGUCGUCCAUGAAGCAGACCUUGUUCCUCACAUCCCACCCAUAAUCGUGGAUCUCUUACCAUACCGCCACCACGGUAUUGAGUUUUGGCAGCACGACCCGCCGUCGGCUGAGAAUACGACGGAGUGUGCUCCGGGCGGAGAAGAUCCUACCUGUUCAGCGUCUGUUUUCGAGUGGAAUGCUACAGCACAUGGGGUGUACUUUGGAAUAUCUUCUGGCCAGUUUUUUUGUAACUGA